AUGCAGCACUUGGAGAACACAACCUCUUCCUCUUGGCCUUUGCUUGUUAGCGAGAUCCCAAUAAUAGCCCCUUAUCUCUGGCUGUACGGAGCCCUCCAUGCAAAAAUGGAAAUGACGACACGAACUCAACUACAAACACAUUUCAGCCGACUUCUGGAUCUCGCGUCCCAACCUAGUCCACCCCUCAAGCCCACGUUCUGGGAUAAACUCGAUCUCGAUUGCAGGCAAGCAUCCGUGGACCAGGCGCGAUCCUGGAAAUUCAAUAAUGAAUUCGCCUGGGACCCAAUUGCGCUGGUGAAAGACGAAUGGAACAAAUCUAUCUACCCCGGGGCGAUCAAGCCUCUUCUCCAAGAUAACACGAGGAUGGUUUACAAGAAUGUCAAAAGGCAGACACCUUACAGUGUGUGUUGCUGGAUGAUUGGCAGAGAGUGGCAUUCAUCACGUCCAGCUGCGAUCAUCAUUUGCGGAAACAAGAGAGUCACCAAGAAUGCUGUAAAGCUGAUUGAAGGACACGGCGAGCUGUCCCGGACCUGGGGCUUCCGGGUAUAUGGUUACGAGAGCAAGAUAUCAAUAACCAUGGGCACCUCCAGAAACGAAAAUGAUGAUGAUGACGAUUCUCCUCUCUGCGCCAUUAGUGGGACGCGUUUCGCUGUUGGAGGCCGGGAUUUCAUAUCGACUCAAAUGGCUACCUUGGGAGGUAGUAUCGAAAUCGAUGGAGAAUUUUUUGGCGUUACAGUUGCUCAUCCAUUCCUGGGACGUCCCCAAGAUGAAUCAUCAGACGACGAUGAAAGCGAUAUGAGUGACGAUGAUAGCGAGGUGACAGAACUCAUUAGUCACACCGAAGAAGCCCCUUAUAUUACACUUGAAACCGACGCAGCCUUCGUGGAAGAACCAAGAUCUCACCGAAGAAAAAUGCUAGGGGCCAUCCCCGAUUCGAAUAGGCCAAGAUACUUCUCACAUGGCGCGGACUGGGCUCUUCUCAAACUUCGACCAGCUGAUCUCCCAAUCAACCUCAUUACCGGGGGCGACAAGCUUGUGGUUCCAUGGUGGAUAACUCGAGAUUCGUUGUCCGAGGGAGAGCUUUGGGCAGCAGUGAGUCCGGUAAAUCCAGUACAAACAAAGGCUUCGCCAUCAACUUGCGGGCUGUUCAUUCCGAAUGUUGGAUUGCAAGAUGUCUGGGCCCUGAAUAUGAAGGCAAUACCUGGAUAUUGCGGAUCAUGGGUUGUGGAUGUUUCUUCCGGCGGACUGUCUGGCAUAAUUGUGGCCGGGUCUGAAUCAAAUGAUGUUUCUUACGCACUACCUGCUCAUGUUGUCUUUGAUGAGAUACGUGCGCGCUUUCCAAGUAUGCAGCUUCAAUCAUUGGAGCGGAUUGCCGAACUAUAUGUACCGGGCUUUGUCGAGAUCAUUUACAGGGCGGCAGAACUUGGUCUCACUCGGUUUGUGACCGAGGUGGUGUCGAAGCGCAGCCCACUAAACAACCAGGACUCUAGUGGGUAUAACCCUCUAUGCUGGGCGAUAAAGAAAGGAUAUGGUGCAGCAGUUGCUUCAUUACUUGAGGCUGGGGCUAGUCCACAUUCGGUCGGCACGAAUUCCGGAAGGAUGCCUCUCGCUUUAGCUACAGACACAGGACACACGGCUAUUGUGAAGCUCGUACUUUCUGCUGGUGCAAAUCCUGACUCCCGGUCCGGUCAUGACGGAAGCACACCCUUGAUGUCUGCAGUAAAACGAGGCCACCGAGAAAUCGCCCACCUCCUGAUAGCGAGUGGUGCCUCGGUAAACUCCUGCAAUGUUGCUGGUAGCACCCCUUUAGUAGAGGCGGCACGGCAUGGUGAUGAAGAAGUCAUAAGCAUCCUGAUUGAUGGGGGUGCCGACAUCAACAAGAAAUCUCCUCUUCAUGGCCGCACCCCACUAAUGGAGGCCGUACUCCGCAAGAAUGAGAACGCUGUGAGAGUCCUACUUGAAAAAGGGGCUGAUGUUGAUUGCGUCGAUGACUCUGGCAAUAGACCUUUGUUAUCAGCAGCUGAAUUUGACAAUCCAGCAAUCCUCAAACUUCUGAUUGAGAGGGGUGCUGACAUCAACAAGAAAGGUCUUCGCGGCCACACCCCCUUAAUGAAGGCUAUAUUAUCAUGCCGCGAGACAUCAGCCAGGGUCCUUCUCGAGAAUGGGGCCGAUGUUGACUGUGUUGAUGACGAUGGCAACACACCCUUGUUAUUGGCUGCCGGAUCUAAAUAUUCAUCAAUCGUCAAACUUCUGAUCGAAAGGGGUGCUUGGGUCGAUACCAGGAAUAAUGAUGGUGACACUGCACUGAUACUUGCAGCCAAGAUUUAUACAAGUCCGGGAUCCUUUCGGGCAACGAUAGGCUGUGACGAAAUUUUCAGCACGUUGCUUGAGCAUGGAGCGAAUCCAGACAGCCAAGAUGCCCAGGACAAUACAGCAUUAUCGCUAGCCAUCGCAGGUGGAAUGGAUUCUACCGUCAGGAUCCUUCUGGACUAUCAUGCAAGCAUGGACAUACCCAACUCGCUCGGUCAGACACCACAUUCUUUGGCAAAGCAAAACGAAAACAUCGCCCGCGUGCUCAGUGUCGAUGAAGCCAGUCUAGUUGAAACCCAUGGAAAACUUCCACCAGUUUGCCCACCAGCACCUAGUAAUUCGCCUGUUAUUAGGCCAUUGCGGGAACCUCUACCAUCGGAAUCAGGACCUAUGAGCGAGUCAGCAGAAGAGAGGAGGCAAAAAGAGAAGCGGAAAUUUGGGGAAAGCCUUCGGGAUGUGGACGAGUCUAUGGCUGAGCUUGGUGUGGAGUAUAGGAGGACCUAUCGCAGAACUUGA